CAGAGAGGAGAACUGCGGCGGCACGAUGGGGAUAUUCUGCCUGCGUGGGCUCUGUCGCUGAGGCGUCCGGAGUUCAGCCACUGUGUGUGCGUGUGUGUGUGUGUGUGGCUGUGUGAGUGUGUGUGUAUGCGUGUGUGAGUGAGUGUGAGCCCCUGCCGACGCCGUGCGGAGAAAGGAGAAGGGGAACAGAGGAGAGCUGGUGGAGAGGAGGAAAAAGAGAGGGGGAGUGUUGACUCUCACUGGGGCUUAGAGGAACCUCACGCCACUGGAUCAGAGGACGCCGAUGUGCAACAACUACUCCAACUACUGCCGCUGCUGCUCUGCCUGCGUGCCGCUGCCUGCCUGUCCUCUCAACUUCUGCCAUGGCAUAGCCACCUCUUCCAGCUCGCCUCUAAUCCACUAAGGAAACGGGCAUGCACGGGCACAACCAGGGAUCUAGGCUAACGCAUCCUUUACGUCAGUAAUUCACAGUCUGAGGAAACAUGGUGAGCAAGGAGGGUGGCAAAUGCAUGCUCACCAACUCAGAGUCUGACUCGGAGGCAGCGCCCUUGCCCUCCACCUCGCUGGCGCUGGAGGUGAAGUAUUCCCUGGAAGCCAGUCGACAGGUGAGGAAGAGAAACAAGGCCCUGCAAGUGCGUUUCAAGGAUAUCUGCGAGGCACAGAACGAGCAGAGGGAGGCGGAGCUGCAGGCAGCGGGGAAAGGCGGCAAGCCGAAUUCAUACAAAGUGGCGUACCGCAAGUACAUGACUGUCCCUGCCCGCAGAUCCAUCCCAAACGUCACAAGGAGCACAGGCGUGCAGACGUCCCCUGACCUGAAGAAACGCUAUCAGACCUUUCCCUUUGAGCGCAAGAAAGGUCACACCUUUAAACACGUGGCGGCCGUGGAAACUUAUAAAGGUCAGAAUAACGGUUUUGUCAUGGAGGUGAAGCAGUCCAAGGCUGCUGAGCAGGGUUUAGAUGAGGAGGAGGAGGAGGGAGCCUGCGGGGGGAGUGGAGUCCGGAGGACCAGGGCUCUGCUCCAUACUAAUGAGUGCAUUGCCACAGUGGAGCAGCACACUGCACCUGAUGGCCUGUGCUCUGACGCUCUGCUGCUCAGUUGCUCUGCAGACACAGACUGCCUUGCAGACACACAGAGAGGAAGCGGAGCCGGAGCACAGGCAGAGUACCAGCUCUGCAGUGUCCCAUCCAAACCCAGGACAGGAUUACAACACAGGGAGGCCGAUACAGACCACUCGGCCAAGAGGCAGCUGCUCAAUCUGGAGGAGGGCUCGUCCCGAACCCUGCCGGACAGGGCCUCCAAGGUUACGGGCCCCAUCGCCUGGAACUCCCUUACACAGGUGGAGUGCCUGGACAGUCCGUCUGUGCGGAGCAAGCGGAAGAAAGCCCUGCAGCUCAACGGGCUGCAGAGUGAGACGCUACCACGUUCCAGCGGAGGCUGUACAACACAGGCACAGUGCCACACGGGACAGUUGUCUGCCCGGCCUCUACGGGGCAUGGAGGAGCCUCUGACACCCUGCAGAGGUGGCGAGGCUGGUGGGGCACCGCCCGACCAAACACAGGAGGCCUGCAAGCAAAUAGUGCCUAUGAAUCAGGACGGGGAUGUUAAAGCACAGCUCCAGGCCAUGGAAAAUCUCAUCAGCUCCAGCCAAGAGACCAUCAAGGUGCUGCUGGGGGUCAUCCAGGAACUGGAGAAGGGGGAGGCCCACAGAGAAGGACUCUCCUAUCGAACCGGACAGGACACGGCCAACUGCGACACAUGCCGGAACAGCGCAUGCAUUAUUUACAGUGUGGAGCUGGACUUCAAGCAGCAGGAGGACAAGCUGCAGCCGCUGAUGAAGAGGCUUUGCCCUACGGAGGAAGGCCACUUCCCCUCCCUGCCUUACCCCCAGGAGGCCUUCACCUCCACCCCUAAACGCAAGUCCAAAGCUGACUCCAAGAAGCACGCUCGCUGGAAACUUUGGUUCCUCUGAAACACACAAGACUGUCUCCUCACCCGCACUACGGAUGCACAGGAUUUAUGCAUCCGUCUGGUCGUCCAUAUUUGUUUGGGUUAUCCAUCGUCUUCAGUUUUAUCACAUCUCCCUUGGCUUUUUGUAGACCUGGUGACCAGUAUUGACGGAGAGCUCCACCACUGGAUACUGAGCCUUUCUCAGAAGAUGACAGGAUGUGUAACGGGACACAAGUGUGGAUUCCACGGAAAAUUCUGUAAUGUCAUGCUUACCAAAAAUGGAUUCAGAGUUAUUUUGAACUAAUUUCUUCAAACAGGGUGUGAAAUUACACCAGGGCGACAUAUUUGGAGAUCAGCAAGGUGAGAAGACGAAAUUUGAUUUCCCUCUGUCUAUUUGCAUAUAUUUUUCUAGCUGACGUCUACGGGGUCCUGUUCUGUGAUAAUGGUUCAGUGACGGUCGCAUUUCUAUUCAGCAGUUGGGACUUUUCUUCCCAGCCUCCAGGAGAGGUUGGCAACUCAACCAUGAUGCGCUGAGGUCUACAUCAACAGCAUAUCACCAUACUGCAAAGCACAAUUAACACUGUUCAGGAUACAUUUUUCUCCAGAGUAAUUAAAAAGAACUAUUUUGAGUAUUAACUCUCACAUGUAGAUCACCUACUAACCAUGACAGAUUGAAGACUUUCAUAAUAUCUAAAGA